AUGAAGAGGAAGCACGUAGUGACCAGUGCUGGUGCCGGAGGUCAUACAGAUCCAUGGGGAAUAGAGAACCUCCCCCAGUCAAAACCCCGGGCCUGGACCUAUCCCCACCUUAGCUCCCCCAGUCAAAACCCCCGGGCCUGGACCUAUCCCCACCUUAGCUCCCCCAGUCAAAACCCCCGGGCCUGGACCUAUCCCCACCUUAGCUCCCCCAGUCAAAACCCCCGGGCCUGGACCUAUCCCCACCUUAGCUCCCCCAGUCAAAACCCCCGGGCCUGGACCUAUCCCCACCUUAGCUCCCCCAGUCAAAACCCCGGGCCUGGACCUAUCCCCACCUUAGCUCCCCCAGUCAAAACCCCCGGGCCUGGACCUAUCCCCACCUUAGCUCCCCCAGUCAAAACCCCCGGGCCUGGACCUAUCCCCACCUUAGCUCCCCCAGUCAAAACCCCCGGGCCUGGACCUAUCCCCACCUUAGCUCCCCCAGUCAAAACCCCCGGGCCUGGACCUAUCCCCACCUUAGCUCCCCCAGUCAAAACCCCCGGGCCUGGACCUAUCCCCACCUUAGCUCCCCCAGUCAAAACCCCCGGGCCUGGACCUAUCCCCACCUUAGCUCCCCCAGUCAAAACCCCCGGGCCUGGACCUAUCCCCACCUUAGCUCCCCCAGUCAAAACCCCCGGGCCUGGACCUAUCCCCACCUUAGCUCCCCCAGUCAAAACCCCCGGGCCUGGACCUAUCCCCACCUUAGCUCCCCCAGUCAAAACCCCCGGGCCUGGACCUAUCCCCACCUUAGCUCCCCCAGUCAAAACCCCCGGGCCUGGACCUAUCCCCACCUUAGCUCCCCCAGUCAAAACCCCCGGGCCUGGACCUAUCCCCACCUUAGCUCCCCCAGUCAAAACUUCCUGUUGCCACCAGCGCGUCAUCCCCCUCCAAGUCAAUGUUUUUUCUAGGUGA